AUGAUUGGGACUAUCAGCGCCUUCCUUUUAAUCGCGUGUCUUCCUUCCAUGGCCCAGACAGCAACCCCGCCGUACAUUCACUUGUCCCAAGUCGCCCCAGUACCGGGAGGCAAUAUCGCAUCGUUCCCCGUGAAAGGGAACAUGUGGAGGGCGCCCGGUACGCCUCUUGAAGGUUUGUUACCUAAUAAAGAUGGAUUACCGGGGAUCCUUCAAGAUUUUCGGGAUGCGUGCAACCAAACAGAAGUUGCUGCCACCAUAUCUAAACUCAAAGAGAUAUCAAGCGAUAUUAUUGCUCUUGUGGACAACGUCCCGUCUGGGAUACCGCCGUGCAACGCAUCCGUAAAAUUUGCCAAUUUGGGCCAAGAUGUCAAAGGCGUGGUGCUUGCACUUGGACUAGCAACCGAUCGUCCGACGGAACCAUUGUCCGUCGCAAACUAUCCUGUCUACCGCAUAGAUGCAGUGACAUAUUCUCGGAUACAGGACGAAGUCAUAAAGUCUACUCCACCCGAUCAAAUUGUUCGCGCCAUCUUGUUUCCGGCAGAUCUCACUCCGAACAUUUGGCAGUUUGUCUUGAUCGUUGUCGUCGUAUUACUGGGUGUCUCAUUCGUCACCUCAGUCAUCAUGCACUUUUGGCUUUUCCGAAGAAGGCGUCUCGCUGAGGGGCAGCUGGGUGCGGGCGGAGCGGCUGACGCGCCAUGGGAGAUGAGAGUGCAUACCUUAGAUAUGUCCGUUGUACAAAGUUUCCCAACCAAGGUAUACGAUUCAACCGAAGCAAAAUUGGAAAGAGAGAGCAAGCGCAGAGGUAGAAAGGCGCCCAAAGUGCAGAUCAUUGAGACGCAGAACUCUGACGAAGAUUUGGCCGCGUUACCUCCACCUGUUGACCAACCGAUAAAGGGUAUGAAAGUGGAAGGUAUGCCUAUGGACGUGCCAGGUGGAUCCAUGGCUACCCUCGUCGGUGAGGACGACAAUAUCCCGCAUCUCUCGCGGAAGUCAUCCACGAGGUCUGUUCGUACAACUGCAUCAGUUCGCACAGUGGAGGGUGGGAUAUCUGCAGAUACAUGUGCCAUAUGCUUGGACGAAUAUGAGGAUGGUGUCAUACUGCGAGAAUUGCCGUGUAAGCACCUGUUCCAUGCAGAAUGCAUAGAUCAAUGGCUAACUCAGCAGUCCUCACAAUGCCCAAUGUGCAAGGAAGACGCAACUCCGGAGCAUAUCAGACUUGAAAUGGAAAAGCGGGGUAUCGGCAUCGGUUUUAACCUGCAGGAUCUGGAAAUGGGCCGAUUGCCUACGCAAGAACGCUCUGUGCCAGAAACAGGGUCAGUUCCCGCACAGGCGGCGCAGGAGGUGGAUGCCAACCGGCUUGUGAUACCUCCAUGGCAUAAUGUUCGGAAUGUACGAGUGUCCGGACAGCAGCCUCUGUUUAUCGCGCCUACUCUGGUAGACCGCUUAGCUCAGGUAUCAAACUCGCCAACAUCACCAACAACACCUUCACUGCCCGUCGUACCCACUGUGCUGGAAGAAAAUGAUGGGUGGGGGAUUGUAGACGGACAUGAGUCUAUUGACGCCACCGGUGUCAGUAGUCCACUGGACACGAUAUCAACGGCGCGUGACGAAGAGCCCCCAAAGAAACCAUUGGGAUCAUAG